AUGCUGCACAACUGUCACAUCCAAGAAUCUUCUUCUACUGCUGCUGCUUUUACGUGGGAUCCUAAAAUGAGGAAGCUAUUCAGAGGCCCCCCUCCAGUCUAUGAGCUGGAAGCACUUCUGGACAGCUACAAAGGGGGUACGCAUCACGUGGACCAAGUCUUCCCAAACCUUUUCCUGGGGGAUGUAAAUAUUGCAAGAGACAGAAAACAACUGAGGAAGAUGGGCAUCACACACAUCCUGAACGCAGCCCAUGCCUCCUGGGAAUUUACAGGGGAUAACAUUGAUUAUGGUCCUGAUAUCCAGUACUAUGGCAUCACUAUCGAAGAUUGCCCAGAUUUCGAUAUUAGUGUAUUCCUACGCCCAGGGGCAAAGUUUAUUCACAAUGCUCUGAGUACACCUGGCGGAAAAGUCCUUGUGCACUGCGUUCUGGGUAAAAGCCGUUCAGCUACAAUGGUCCUUGCCUACCUGAUGAUUUACCAGCGCUUUACUCUGGCAGAUGCUAUUCGCCAUAUUUCUCAAUAUCGCUGUAUUGCUCCUAACCGUGGAUUCCUACAGCAUCUGCAACACCUCGAGACGGAGUUACACUACACCCUUUGGAGGUGCUAUAUGUUCUAA